GUUAGUCCGGCAUCAAGUUGUCCAUUGACUGAAGACCCAGCAAGUUAAGUUUGGUCUUCGGUGUCCCUCUAACGGAAAACAAAACGAUGAGGUUACUCUUAGAGUGAUUCGGAGUCAUAUGCCCAUUGAGUUGGAGUCGAAUUUGGACGAAGACAGAGGACCAAUCGAUUAGAACUACAAACGCAACUUUUGAUGAUUCUUUUCAAGGCAGUAGAAGAAAUAAUAAACGGAUCCAAGCGAACAAGCAUCGCAGACACACAGCUGCCCGUCAUGCUGCUCUCUCACACCGAGCUGUGGAAAGCGUGCCUGGAAUACAUUUCCAGACCGUGCACGGUGCUCAUCGGGACCGUUACCGCCGCCCUGUACUACCUAUGGGGCCGCGAGGGGCAGACUCCGGUGUUAGUGUGCAGCGAUGGCUUCCGUGUGUUCCUGCAGCGGCACUGUCCGGUGGUGGCCGAGUGUUUCCGUCCGACUCCGUGGUGCUGGGGCGGCCGACUGCAGACGCUCAUGCGCGUCCUCAUCAAGUCCAGCCCCGCCGUCGCUUACAGGAAUGAGCUGAUGAAGACCCGAGACGGUGGCCAGAUCUCGCUGGACUGGGUGGAUAACUCCGGGUGUGAGCAGUACCCUGACGUGUCGGUCCGGCCCACGGUGCUGAUUCUACCUGGGCUCACCGGGAACAGCCGCCAGACCUAUGUGCUCCACGCCGUCAGCCAGGCCUCGCGCAGAGGCUACCGGUGUGUGGUCUUCAACAAUAGGGGCUUCGGGGGAGAGGAGCUGUUGACUCCGUUGACGUUCUGCGCGGCGGACACCUCAGACCUGGAGCAGGUUGUGACGCACGUAAAGGAGCUUUACCCACAAGCCCCUCUGCUCGGAACCGGAGUGUCACUGGGAGGGAUGCUGCUGCUGAACUACCUGGCGCGUAAAGGCCAGGAGGCGGGGCUUCUGGCGGGCGUCACCAUGUCUGUCAGCUGGGACACGCUGGAGUCCUGCGCCUCUCUGGAGCAGCCAAUCAACUGGCUUCUCUUCAACCGUCACCUCACCGGCAACCUGUGCCGUGCCAUCAAGCGGCACAGGAGGAUUCUGGAGGCUGUGGUGGACGUGGACCAUGUGCUGAAGGCGCGCUCCAUCCGUGAGUUUGACGAGCGCUACACCUCGGUGAUGUUUGGCUACAAGUCGUGUCUGGACUACUACCAGGCGGCCAGUCCAGGAUACAAGCUGCCCCAGACCACCGUCCCCGUACUGUGCCUCAACGCCGCCGAUGACCCCUUCUCACCUAAACACGCUCUGCCCGUGUCCCUGGCGCGGCGGCUGCCCAACGUGGCGCUGCUGGUGACGUCACACGGCGGGCACAUCGGCUUCCUGGAGGGGCUGUUCCCGCGCGGCGAGGGCUACAUGGACCGCCUCUUCGGACAGUUCGCCCAGGCCGCCUUCGAGCACACCUCCGACCUGCAGGCCGCGUGCAUGGCCGUUGCCGCCGCACCAGAGUGACCACACCCACAAAACACACGGAGUGACCACACCCACAAAACACACGGAGUGACCACACCCACAAAACACACGGAGUGGCCACACCCACAAAACACAGUGACCACACCCACUAACCACAAGGGGCGGGACCUGUGGAGUUGUUGGGCGUGGUCAUUCUGAAGGGGCGGGGGUUAUAGGUUGUGUUCACUUAAAGGAGUGAGUGUUAGUGGGCGGAGUUACAACGCAUUAUCAACAUACCACACCCCUUCUGGAUGACCACACCCACUAACCCCACCCCCUCCACUAACGCCCAUCUCAGGACCUCAUCCGCCAGCCAAUCAGAGAACAGCUUAACACAGACUCACUGACGUUUCCUGGUAAGCAGCCAGGGAAGUGUAGUUUUUAUCCAGAGAAGUGUAGUUUUUAUCCAGAGAAGUGUAGUUUUUAUCCAGAAGAGAACUGAGUCUCUCUCUUGCACUGUUCUGCUUUUAUAGCCUGACGUUUUAAUUGUAGUAUGCAGACAGUAGUGUGUGUGUGAGGGGAAUAUGCACUACUUGCCACACACACAAUUCCCUAAGAGAGAAGUACAGAAGUAUGCAGUAUGCAUCUGCGCUGCCUCCAGAGUUAUGCUUUUAGUAUAGAAGUAUGCAGUAUGAGUUUAGUAUAGAAGUAUGCAGUAUGAGUUUAGUAUAGAAGUAUGCAGUAUGAGUUUAGUGCACUCAAAGUGCCCGACGGGAAAAUGUCUCUCAGACCACUUUACUUCCUCUACUCUGGUAAAACUUGAAAAGCAUAGAAACGUUCCACAAAUAAGUGAUAUUGCGGUUUCUUUCUCCCAGAAGGGUGUUGUAAUGUAUUAGUGCACUAUAGUGAAGGAUAUUGAUUGUAUUAGUGUAUUAUUGAUUGCAUUAGUGUACUAUUGAGAAGGGUAUCGAUUGCAUUAGUGUACUAUUGAGAAGAGUAUUGAUUGUAUUAGUGUACUAUUGAGAAGGGUAUUGAUUGUUACUGUACUGAAUGGGACUGAAGUGUUUGUUCUUUAACCUCGUGUGUGACAAAUCUCGGAGACCAAACAGGACUCCAGGCUGCUGCUGCACCCCCCCCCCCAGCACCACUGAGUCUCCUGAUAAAUCUACAAUCCGUCUGCAUUUCUCUACCCUACAAUCUGUCUUUGUUUUUAACUCUUUGGUGCAACCCGUCUGCACUUUAUUUAUCUUCUCUACUGUGUGUGUGUGUGUGAUAGAUAGAUAGAUAGAUAGAUAGAUAGAUACUUUAUUGAUCCCCAGGGGAAAUUCAAGGAAUUGGCACCGCAUCAAAGGUGUGUGUGUGUGUGUAUGUGUGUGAGAGAGCUGUAAUAGAGUGCUGCCAUAGGCCAGCUCUGACUGUCAAUCAUUCCUGUGGUCAUAUUGAAGCUGCCCCUAGAGGCCAGUUACACACUCUCUUACACACACACACACACACUCUCGUAUGCACUCUUACACACACACACACACACACAGUCAUGGACAUGUUCACUCUCUCGUAUGCACUCUUACACACACACGCACAGUCAUGGACAUGUUCUCCCUUCACACACACGCACAGUCAUGUUCUCUCUUCACACACACACACACACACACACACAGACCCUCACACUUUGACAGUGUUUGGAUGGAGAGGAACUAAUGCCAGUAUUAUGCUAGUGUUUGCAUUGUUCUGUUGAUGCCUUACUAUGAAUCUCAUAUCUGUCUCAUCAAUCACCAGAUGCCAAUAACUAAUCAAACACACCUCAAUAAAAUCUUGAAACUUG